CAACAAACCAUUGCAGAAAAGUAGAAAAUUAAGAGAAAAUAUAUAUUUUCAACAUAAACAUGAUUUUCUUUUUCCUUUGAUCCUCAUUUAAACAAUGAAUUGACAACCCAAUUUUGUUAAGAUCUAUAGUUUUACAUCAAAACUUAGAAAAAGAUUAAGAAGAUAAGCAACAAUGUCAUUCACAGGAACUUUGGAUAAAUGCAAAGCUUGUGAUAAAACUGUUUAUUUUGUAGAUUUGUUGACUGCUGAUGGGGUUACUUAUCAUAAAGCUUGCUUCAGAUGCAGUCAUUGCAAAGGCACUCUUUCGAUGGUCAAUUACUCAUCCAUGGAUGGAGUUCUUUACUGCAAGCCUCACUUUGAACAACUCUUCAAGGAAUCUGGGAACUUCAGCAAGAAUUUCCAAACAUCAUCGAAACCAGAUAGAGAUAACACGUCAAAAGCUCCAAACAAACUUUCAUCUAUGUUCUCUGGCACUCAAGACAAAUGUAGACAAUGUAACAAAACUGUCUACCCCCUAGAAAAGGUGACAAUGGAAGGCGAACCAUAUCACAAGUUAUGCUUCAAAUGUGCUCAUGGAGGCUGCCCUCUUACACACUCAUCAUAUGCUGCCCUUGAUGGUGUUCUUUACUGCAAACACCAUUUUGCUCAACUCUUCAUGGAGAAAGGAAAUUAUAGUCAUGUCCUCGAGGCCGCCAAUAGAAAGAGUAAUGCAAAGCCGGAGGACGUUGCACCUGAGGCACCACCGCAUGAGGAGGAAGAUGGCGGAGAUGGAGACGGAGAUAGAGAGGAAGGAACUGGAGAGGGAGCAGAAGAUGAUAGCCAACCAGAACCACCACAGGAAGAGGAGCAAUCCUAAAUCACAACCGGAGGACGAGCAAUCACCAGUCAUAAAUAUAUUCAUAUACUUUAUAUAUACUCACAAAUCUUGGUUUCUUUUAUAAUGUAUCUUUGUCAAGCAAGCCGUUUUUUAUCUCUUUACUGGACCAUUGAAAGUACGAGUUUUCAGUGGUUUUACAUUCAUUUUUUUCCUUUAUUUUCAAAGUUAAUGAUGAUAUAUUAUGUGUAAACUUUUAAAGUUCAAAUAUAAUUCAAGUAACAAUCUUGAGGAUAUGUA